AUGGGGCUAUUGACCAGAUUGAAGGUGAAUACGGGCAAGAAGAAGGAUGACGGUGAUCAGAAACAGGAGAGCGUGUCGACAUCUAUACUAAGACUCAGGGGAAGCUCGAAGUUUCGACGCGGGACCCCUCCACGUGACUUUUACGUCGAACUCGAUGAACCACAUACGGUAUGGAAACCCAACGACUACGUGAGUGGACAAGUGGUUUUAGUGCUGAAAGAGGAUGUGCUCAAUGUGGCCGUGUCGCUGGCUCUAGUCGGUGAAUUACGGGUGAAGACGGGCAUAACGGCGACCAACAAGCUCCGGUUUUCGGAAAGGUUAUUUGAGAAAAUUAAGACGAUUUACGGCCGCGAAGAGGUUGAGAAUCAAGCGUUGGACCAGGGGAAGGUCGUGAACGGGCUCACAAAGGGCGAACAUCGGUUUCCCUUCCGGCUCCGCGUCCCAUCGAAAAAUAUUUUUACGUCGAUUUCGUUUGAGCGAGGCUCAGUAUCUUACGACAUAACUUGUGACCUCAAGUCUUUGCAACCUGACCCACACGACAAAAUCCUGGCGCACUGCCAAAAGCGCAUAUCUAUCAUGGUUCCCGUGGACGUUGCGCCAAUGCCCAAACCCAACACGAAGACCAUAGUACUUCAAUCGCCAUCGACACUCAAACAACCUAGACAUCAAAGUAGCGAGAACGAAGUCACUUCAACAAAUACGCGGAGAACUUCCGGGUCACUGCCGUCCAGCUCGACUAUGGGGACGUCAGGCUCUUUGAAAACUGUUACCAUAAGCGCAGACAUACCUGCUACCGGGUUCGUGAUGGGCGAAAUAAUUCCCAUAAAGCUUCGCCUGGAACACUACAAGGAAUACGCACAUUCUGCUGGCAUUAUAGCGACUCUGGUUCGUAUUUGCAGGGUCGGUGGCGCGGGCCAUCUGAAAGAGAUUCCUUUCGAAACUUACAGAAAAGAUAUUUGUCAGACGGUGGCUCCGAUUUGCGUUGACUCGCAAACUCACGAAUUUUGCAGUACGCUUUCUUUGAAAGUGCCUUCAGAUGCGUUCCCAACUCUGGUAUUACCGAACCGACAGUUUUCGUUCCAGUACUACGUGGAAAUCCUAGUCAACCUGUCUAAGAAAAAUCUCGUGUAUACCGAGUCAAACAGAUUGAUUGACACGGGGUUGAAUUCCGAGAUGUUCAAUUCGGGCAAGACGGGCGAUGUCAUUACAGCUUUGCGACGCGAGAUCACUUCUGUGACGAUGACUGGGGCAGGCGCCAAUAAAUGCAACGACGAAGAGUCUAUGAUUUUCUACAAAGACCUCAUCAACGUCGACAAACUCAAAAGGCUCAGAAACGUGGCCGGGAUGUCUAUCGAAGUUGUGAUAGGUACCAAGAGAUCAGAAUUACCAUCUCAAGAACCUUUAAACGAACGAGAACAAACGGAACAAACAGACUUUACCGAGACCCAAGGCGUCCAGAACUACACAGAUUACCUUUUCCCAAACAUCUCGAGUUUUGAAGUACCGAAGGGCAAAGAUGGGGAUAUUCCAGCUGAAGCUAUGUAUUUCCCACUGCCCGAGUACACUCCAAACGCGGAAAUUCAUGUUGUGCAUGACAAGGACGAAUUAGAACAAAUGCGGCUCAGGGAAAAGGAAAGCGAACCCGCAUUUUACAACUAA